CGCAGCAUAUCAGCAGGUAAUGAGAGGAGGGGGACGUUCGGUCGGUCGGAACGAAUUUACGACGAUACGACCAAAUUAAACCGGAUGCUGGACAAAAAUCAUUAACACGUUAAACGUAGGAAUACUCAGGUCGAGGCUACUACAAGGAAAAACGACCGUCUCGACCUUGGCCCCUCCUCUUUCGUUAUAGGAAGCUGAGCUGUAUUAUCUAACACUACUGUACAUAGCCUAUUCUUAUUGUCCUAACUGAAAAGACGCAACUUUUUUUAUAGUGAUCAAAUAAAUGGGGGAUUACGGAUUUGGCUUGCUUCAGACAGUAAGUAUAAACAACAGCAGCACUACACUCUUGGGCGGAGGCGCUUUCAGGUCCUACUCGACCCCCUCUCCGGUGUCCACCGGCCAGCUAUCCCCCAACUCGACUCCUGUUUCUGGCAACACCGUCCCCGGCGUGUCCUCUCUAUUCCUGUCAGCUGCUGCGCAUCAGCAAAACAUGCAGGAUGAGCCUGUGGGGGUGACAACCUCGCAGCAACCCCCUUCAAUCGAACAAACCAACGGCAACAGCAGCAAACACGGGUAUCUGCAAUCUAACAGCAGCAACAACAACCACCACAACCAGCUGGGCUUUAACACACAGGACUACAACGCCUUGAGUCAGAACCAACAGCAGUUCGACGAUUUUAAAGCCACUGUAGGUCACGAACAGUUCUGUCCGACGCAGUCGAUCUGUGACCUUCAGCACGACCGGAAAAUACAUCAGCAGUUAAGUCAGCAGGCUGAGUUCGGCUGUUCGGAGCCACCCCCACCCCAAGGAGAAUUUAGUCACCUGCCUCAGAAGCAGCCUUACACCACUGCCGGCUCGAACGAAUCCGAUCCAAACACGGAAUCGAGCCACGAUCAAAUUCGCAGCUUAUCGGUGGAGAAGGCAGAAGCCGAUGUGGUUGCUGCCGCGUCGCCAUCGCCCACUUCCGUGAAUCCAAACAAGGUAAAGAUCCAAAUGGACUCCCCUAACUCCCAUCACAUAAACAACGGCAAUGGCACCGGUACCGGCAAUAACAUACUGCCCGGAGGUAUCGGAGCCGGCUUCUCCAACCUCCCACAUCAAGAAAUGCAGAAUGCGGGAGGUGGCUCGGCUUCGCCGACUCUCCCCGGUUUCGGAACUCCCUGGUCCGUUCAGACGAGCUCCCCACCACCACCUCUCUCCAACUCAGCCAACCCCAGCCACGCAAACGCGAUGAACCCGAUACCUAACGCAGAACACGAGAACAAUUUCUACCCGGGGAUUCCCUCCUCCAUCAACCCGGCCUUCUUCCAGAGCUUUUCGUCGGUGUCUACUAAUCCUUGCGCCGGGAUUAACGUGCAGGGCUUCAGCAGCCCUUUCUCGCCCCAGAUCAACAUCCCCCAGCAGCAGCCCCAGAGCCGCCGGUCCCCGGUCAGUCCCCAGAUGCAUCCGCAACAGGGAGCCUUUCUGCAGCAGAGGAACAAUUACAACCAUCACCAGCCCAUGAUGAAGCAGUCUCCCUGGGGGGGCAGCCACCAGGGCAGCGGCUGGACCUCUGGAGGGAUGUCCUGGGGAAGGGACCACCGCCGCGUUGGCAUGGGGGUUCCCGGCUCCAUGAGCCAGGUGUCCCCCAUGAAGAAGCCCUUCUCCAGCAAUGUCAUCGCCCCUCCCAAGUUCCCCCGCACGGGCGGCUCCCUGGGGCCCAAGUCCUGGAUCGAGGAGAACGUUUUCCGCACAGAUAACAACAGCAAUACCCUGUUGCCCAUGCAGGAUCGCCCCAGAAUGUAUGACAGUCUAAAUAUGCACUCUCUGGAAAGCUCCCUGAUUGAUAUCAUGAGGGCUGAGCAGGACCCCAUGAAGGGCCGUGUGGGAUGCCCUCACCCCGGGGCAGAUGGUCUGCUCAUGCUCAAUGCACGGAGCUAUGGGAGACGACGAGGGCGCUCCUCCUUGUUUCCGAUCGACGACGUUCUCCUUGACGACGGCCAUGGCAACCAGGGCGUCCCUGGAGUUCUAGGCUCUCCUAACUGCUACCCUCACCAGAACGGGGAGCGUAUCGAGCGCUUCUCUCGCAAGGUGUUUGUGGGAGGCCUGCCUCCAGACAUUGAUGAAGAUGAGAUCACCUCCAGCUUCCGCCGCUUUGGCCAUCUGGUGGUGGAUUGGCCUCACAAGGCCGAGAGCAAAUCCUACUUCCCCCCUAAAGGUUACGCCUUUCUACUGUUCCAAGAGGAGACUUCUGUUCAGGCUCUGAUCGAGGCCUGCUUGGAGGAGGAUGGCAAGCUGUACCUGUGUGUCUCCAGUCCCACCAUCAAGGACAAGCCAGUCCAGAUUCGCCCGUGGAAUCUGAGUGACAGCGACUUUGUGAUGGACGGCUCUCAGCCCCUUGACCCGCGCAAGACCAUCUUUGUGGGUGGUGUCCCUCGCCCCCUCCGUGCAGUGGAGCUGGCUAUGAUCAUGGAUCGUUUGUACGGUGGCGUCUGCUAUGCUGGCAUCGAUACUGACCCAGAACUCAAGUACCCCAAGGGGGCGGGCCGAGUGGCCUUCUCCAAUCAGCAGAGCUACAUCGCUGCCAUCAGCGCUCGAUUCGUUCAGCUGCAGCAUGGGGACAUUGACAAACGGGUGGAGGUGAAGCCCUACGUCCUGGACGACCAGCUGUGUGACGAGUGCCAGGGGGCGCGCUGCGGGGGCAAGUUCGCGCCCUUCUUCUGCGCCAACGUCACCUGCCUGCAGUACUACUGCGAGUUCUGCUGGGCCAACAUCCACUCGCGCGCCGGCCGUGAGUUCCACAAGCCCCUGGUCAAAGAGGGAGCGGACCGCCCCCGCCAGAUCCACUUCCGCUGGAACUAAGCGUCACCAAGAGAACAAGAGAGAGAGAGAGUGGAGAGACGACGUCACAGCACGAGGCAGGAAAAGUGCACUGUUCUGUCCCCUCACCCCCAAGCUAUCAGUAUAGAGUAUGUAACAGUAUACAUUAUAAGCAGAUAUAAAUAUAUAUGAAAAUAUAUCUAUAUAAAAUAUAAAUAUGUAUCUUUUGUAGCAGCCAAAACACUACAAGCCUCAGUUUUUCACCAAACCACCCGCCAUCUCAGGCUUUGAUGACUUUUUUGUGGUACUUUCAUGUUUUUUUAAAAAAAGGAGAUUAACAGAAGAGAGAUUGAUUUUUUGUAGUUUUUUCAAAUUAUUUUUAUAUGUGAGAUUUAAAGUAGAUAUGAGAAUGUUUUUGCAUGGGAGGGGGCAGCCCGUCUGUCUGUCUGUCUGUCUGUCUGUCUGUCUGUCUGCUGCUAGACCCCCCCUCCUCAGCUGGUGGGCUAAGUGCACACUUGCUUCUGGAAAAACCCUUGAUAUUAAAAUCUCUGACGCCUGCCCCAGGUCAUUAACCAAAGGUAGCAACUAAGAUAUAGGAAGCAUGAAAGUGAAACAUUUCUGCCACAAAUGAAGUGAAAGAAAGCGGAAGGAAAUAACUAACAAACAAAAACAAAACGACAAAGCCUAUCUCCUGGUGUUUCGAUGUGCUCCUUAUACUUAUAAAUGAAUAAUUCUAAAAGAAGAUAGGUUGAAUAUUUGCUCUCAAUUUAGACCUGCAAAAAAAGAUAAUACCUCAAAGUAACUAAUCUGGUUUGUAGUUAGCUCUAUCUACCAUUGUUAAUCACACAAGCUAUGUAAGAAGCUUUGCUGCUAUAUAUAAUAUAUGAACAGAUGUAUAGUUGUUAUAUUAAAUGCCAUCUACUAGAAAGGAAUCGUUAUAAAUUCAAAUGCAGUCCACACGCUCACUCAGAUAUGGCAACCCUUGUUGCUCAUGAAGACUAGAAUGUGAAAUCUUAAGUGCAUGUUUGUGUAUACAGCAUCUGCAUGUAGUGUAGAGGUUACUGACAACAUAUAGAGAAAGAAAACAAGUAACAAAACUCAUAUUACAGAAAAAAAAGCUGAACACUAUGUAGCAUGAACAAAAGAAACCUGUCAACGACCUUGGUGUCAAAAUGUUAAUUAAGUUGAGAAGUUAUUACAAAAAGAAACAUGCAUGCAUUGAUGUGAUGAUUGGUUUACAUGGUUAUUCUAUCAGAAACAUUAGUUUUAGACUAGUUCGUCUGGCCAUCUUUGUGUAUUUGGUGAUUUGUGAGGAUUUCGACACAAAAAGAUGAAAAAAAAAACUGAGUGGUGUUUGUGGUUAGUGUACAUGGUGUCUGUGUAAUGUGUGGCUGUAGUUAGUGUGGAUUGAGGUUUUCGUUAAGUUUCAACGUAGAUAAGGAGGACAAAAAUAUUAGGACGACAUUUUGCCUUGACCCUACUUCUUGUUACCUCCCUAUACUCAUAUGCUCACCAGUGUUUCUCGAUGUAGCAUAGACCGUAGCUGACAAAAGGUUAUUAGCCAGAUAUGAAACGAUUAUCCAGUGUAAAAUGGGUAGGCGUUUUACAGGAACACGUUAGGUAGCCAAUACAGGUUACAAUACACAGGCAGUUGGUCAGAAGACACUUGUGUUUUUAGACAGAGCAUAUACUCCUGUAGAGUUAGUUAUGAUGUCCAUUGAUGUAGGCAACUUUAAAAGGAGUAAAAAAAAAAAGUCUUUUCUCAAAUCGGAGUGAAAAAAAAGUGGUUAUCACACUAGUGUCAUUGGGGAAGAAUUAUCACUUGAGAGAGAGAAAAAAAAUAAAUCCCAAUCAUUUAUUUUCCUUUCCUCUUCCUUCAAAUUCAGUUAUGAUCACAGAAAAAGAGCAAAGAUAUUGCAAAAUUUGUGCCGUUAUAAUUCAUCCCCUCCCUGUGAUCCUGUGCGGUUAUAACACUUAAUUCAUUUACUCCUAGGGACAAUCUCUCUAAUAGCCGUGGAUGCCAGCUCUACUGGUGGCUGGCUGGUACUGUACUGUAUAUUUGUGUGUGUUGAUCUUAUUUUAUUUUCUGUGCUGUGUGCUUCUGUGUUUGUUUGUUUUGUUUGUUUGUUUGUUUGUGAGCACCACACCCAAGUGUUGCUGUCUUUUUCGGUGUUUGUGAUUCAAGCUUUUAAGUGUCUCUACUGUUACUACUUCAAGAUGAGAUUGUAAGGUUUAUUUAUUGAGUUGUGUGUUUUUUUUUUGUUUUUUUUUAAAUAGAGUAUUUAUUUGUCAAUAUGAUACACAUUUUGCAUUUGCCCCCUCGACCUCUCUAAUCACUUUUGAUAAUAUAUAUAGUGCACUACAUGUUCUGAAUUUCCUACUCUUUGAUUACAGUCCUUUGUUGCUCUUACCAUUACGGUGAUCAACAAGCUGGCUAACCCUGAAGUUAUGAAAAAUGAAAAGCUGUCCGUUUUAUUUACCUGUAUGUCAUCAUUUUAUAAAUGAUUUCACUUCCCUUGGACAUCUACCUAUUUUUUAACCAGAUGAUUUUAAUAUUCCUUAUUUUUUCAUAAGUUAUUUAAUAUUUUUUUGCAAGUGGGCUUAGGUUUUUUAUGUGAAUGCAGAGCAGUAAUCGAAAAUGUGUGUUCUAAUGGAGGUCAGGGGGAAUUUUAGGCAGUGCUUCCUUGCAGGCAUUGCUUGCUCUGCCUGGUCAAAUCAAAAUGGAGGAUGAAUCAUGCAUAUGAGAUUUGCUGAGCUAUGCCUCAAAGAUGGAUUUAAAUAUGAAGGAACCGUUCACCUUUCCUUAAGUGUCAUGGUCCUUGUGACUGUCGACACUCCCAACACAGCUAUGUUAGAACUGGGAUGAAAUGGUUGAAAGAGUGACACUAGCAAAAGCCUCGGCACUAGCCACACCACUUUCCCCUGACACUGGCCUCUUUGUGUUGUGAGUACCGUGUCCGGUUUUCUGUGUUGAACACUGUUGCUUUGUACGCUUGUGUGUGUAUGCGUAUGUGUAUACUUGUGUGGUUAUUUUUGUUUUUGUAAAAAUCAUAUUUAUUUCACUAUUUUUGUAGACGAAUAACUAUUUGAUUUGGAUUGUAUUUUUCUAUUUCAAUAGACUUAUUUUACACAUUUUAUUUCCCCUAAUAUUUAUAGUUCUGUCCAGAAGCAGGAUUCUGUUUAAGACGAAAAAGAAACGGAGACAGUUUCAAGAAACACCCAUGCAAUUAUGUAUAUAUUGAUAUAUUAAUAUAUAAACUCUUUUAAUAUAUUAAUAUGAUUAAUAUAUGAAAACAUCACAUGUUUUAUUUGAAGGAAACACACAUUGAGGGUUCUAUUAUGUUCAUGGAAGACACUUGAGAUUUUCCCCCGUUGCAUCGAGACUCUCGUAGCCUCUCCUCAUUGAUGCUCCGAAACUUGAAUAUAACACAUUUUGAAAGGCUGACUAACCUCAAAUCUGUGUUGUGACGUGCAAUACUGUUUCUAAUGUUUGUAUAAAAAAAAGUAAGAAUAACAGUGUAAACCUUUUUAAUGCAGAUUUAUUUUUUUCAUUGCAUAUUUUGCAAAUUUCUGAUUCACAGUGUCAUUUUUUACUGUCAGAAAAUAAACCCCUUUUUUUCAUUGCAACUAUUUUUAAAUCCAGAUAUCUUUGUACUGAUGUAAAUGAUUGUAGUUAUUUUGGAUAGUGUUUUGCUAACAAAAGGAGAGACUUUUUCAUGCAUAUUUCUAUUUCUUUUCAUUUUGGUUUAUUCUUUUUUUAUUUCAUUUAAAUAGACUAGUAGCAAAAUACUUGGAAUAAUUUUUCAUAUUAUGUGUCAUUAAUAUUAUUUUGUAUUUUUAUGUGGAAUAUAUAUAAAUAUAUAAUUUUAUGAUGCUAAUUGCUAAAAUAUUAUUUUACGUUGAAUUAUUUUUAAAGCUAAAAUCUUUGUAAUAUUGUCAAAGUUACUAGUUUCUAAAUCAGAGUUUGUGUAGAUUCACACAAGUGGUUUAUGAAGUGUUCGGAUUGUAAUUAUUACUGAAUGGUUCUUUGAUAUGCAAAUGAAUAUCGUGGAUUUUUAUUUUGGUUUGUUUUGUAUUUAAAUGGGGUGUUGAUUACAAUCUUUCAUUUCCUGAAUAAAGACCCAUUCUGUUCGGA